AUGACAACCUCCAUCUAUACUCAGGAGCAACAAAAAAUACUCUUCUGGGCUGUCAAGUUCCCUGCAGUAUUCUCGAUCGGCUGCUCGUCCGUCUGCAUCUAUCAUUUGUUCUUGGAUGGAAGAAAAAGCUUGCGCAAAGUCUACGGCCGUCUGUGGUUUCUCAUUUCCUUGACCAACAUUAUCGUGGCGUUCUUCUGCAUGCUUGCAGGUUUGGCAACCCCGGCUGACACUGGCAUUUACGGAGCCUUUGGAAAUGAAACAAGCUGCAAAGCUGUGGGCGCUGCCUUUAUGUUUAUCUUUGUGGUAUGCAUGGGAUACAAUGCUGCUUUGGCAUCGUAUUAUUAUAUCAGCAUCCAUACGCACAUGACAGAAAGAGAGUUUUCGAGAAGAAUCGAGCCCUGGUUGCAUGCCGUCCCUUUUGUAUAUGCCCUCAUUGGCGUCAUCGUUGGUCUGACUUCGAACAUGAUCGCCACCAACGAUGUCUUCCUUUAUUGUUGGGCUGCGCCAUCUCCAUUUGGGUGUCGAUACGACGGUGGUGGUACUUCUUGUGAGCACGGAAACGAUUAUCGGGAUGUCUUUGUCUUUGCUACUGGACUGGUGGAAAUGAAUCUCAUCACCUCUCUCAAAGUGAUUGCUACGUUUUCACUGUCCUACACAGUAUCGAAACAACAGAAAAAGAUGCAAGCCAAGUACCAUGCCAGAUCAGGCGGUAAUACUAUUGCCAAAGAGACUAAUAUGCAAGCUGUGCUUUUCUUCAUGGCAUGUGUCGUUCCGUACGUUCUCAUGAUCUUUCUUCGAGUGAUAGACCUGUACUUUUGGCGAGAAGAUCAUGUCAAGACAGCUAGAUUCUUUCGGUUCUCGCUGGUAGCACAGGUUUUGUUGCCGAUGCAAGGCGCUGUGAAUAUGAUCUGCUACUUCCGCCCAAAGAUUAAGGAGCGACAGCGUAAGUUGAGACUAGCUUGCAAUAAUGAGACCAUCUUCCAGUCGUCCCUUGGUUUGAUGAGAAUAGGAUCAUUCAAGUCAUCAAAGAACAGCAUGAGACCUUCCAACCCAUACGCAGCUCCAGGUGGAACUUAUGGAGGGUCAUCUGCAAGUCAUACUUUGGCUGACAGUGCGAGGUCGGACGUUGAAAAGGCUGUUAAAGAUGCCGUUUGCGAAGGUUUCUCCUCAGAGUUGGAUCUGACAUCAAGAAGAGAGAGCAACGUUGAUGACAGUCACAUUUUUGACAAUCAAGACAGUAUCGAAAAUUUGGAUGAUAUUGCCUAUCUAGAUGUCUCACAGCUGGAAAAGGCCUGUGCAAAGGAUUGCACUUUCAUUCUCGGCGAGGACAUGGUCGGAGAUACCAGGAAAAGCAUCAUGGGCGCCCGCCAAUCGAAGCUGGAUAUGAAAGGUCUAUCAUUGGAGCUUCUGGAGAUGGAACAGGAAGAAGACGAUUCCUCGAUACCAGACAAGAAGGCAGAUAUAGGCGAGGCAAGAUCAAGUGAUACAAUCGAAAACAGAACGAUUCCUGAGGAAGAUGACCAAAUGGAAGUUUGUAGUACCACGUAG